UACUACCUACCGGAAUGCUGUUUGUCAGGUAAUGACGUUCGCAAAUGUCUUGCUCGCAGUAGUUGUAUUUAAAGACCAGAGAAUAAUCUCUUAGUGUCUCAUUUUUUUAGAAACUUGAUCAUUUUGACUUUGAAAUCAUUUUUUCAUCCAUGCUUCCCAAUUGUUGUGAAAUCACCUAUUUCAUAAGUAGGUUAUUGUUAAGAAAUGAUCAUGACUCAUAUACUAGAACUUGUCUAUACAUGAAGGCAGAAGAUGAAAUUGAAUGCAGUGUGUUUAUUCAAAAUCCCCAUCACGUCAUUUAUGGUUUUUAAUGUUCUGCUCUCAUCAUAAUAGACGCUCACAAAGGCUCUGCUUUGUCAGCAGUGGGUUCUUUUUAAGGUUAUCAGUACAUCAUCAUCCUCAGAAGUGCUUGUGCUUGUGAAAAGUUUAGUGCAGCAUAACUGGGUUAAAUUCCAUAUAACACGAGGAAAUGAAUAUUGGGGCCGGCAAAAUGCACAUCUGCACAUAUAAUUGUGGUUUAAAGCUGACAUGCAAAAUUCAGAGUAACCAGUGCUUCGUUUUGCACGUAAGUGGCUUCUGUCAUUUAACCCAUUAUGAUAAGCUUUGGACUUUGGACCUUUUAUAUAUGUUUUUCAAGACAUUAUUCAAAACACUUAUCCACAGCUAUUGAAAGCACUGCCAUACUGAACGAUGCAAGUAGAAUGGUGGCUGAUUUUGUUAUAGAAGGAAAUGAAUCAGUCAUUUUGAACAGAUUAAAGUGAUGAUGGGGAGGCCGGUCUUGGGACAUCCUCCUCCUACUGAGUUUUCUACCUCAUACCUCCUUUAGUAGUUGACAGUGCUAUGCUGGGUUGGCUUGUGGUAAAGCUGUGUGCGCUUUUGGACGACCUGCUUUCACCUCUUCACACUGCAGAAAAGGGAAGGACAUGAAUGUGUCAUUUCCAGAGCUCAGGGAAAACAUCACCUGUCUGAGCUCCAACAGCACCGAUUACUUCAAACGACAAGUGUAUCCUGUAGCAUACAUCCUCUUUUUUGUCCUGGGAGUUGUCGGUCACUCUUUAUCUGUCUGCGUCUUCUUCAGCCAAUGGAGGACCCAGAAGAGUUUCACUCCGGUCAGCUUGUUAAUGGUGAACCUGUUAGUAUCAGACCUGAUGCUGGUGUCCUCUCUGCCCCUGAGGGUCUCCUACUAUAUACUGAACUCAAACUGGAUUUUUGGGCACGUCACCUGUAAAUUAAUCUCAUAUGUGUUUUAUCUGAAUAUGUACAGCUCUGUGUAUUUCCUAGUGGCCCUGAACAUCCUGCGUUAUCUGGCGCUGGUGCGGCCGUACCUGUACGUUCGCAUACAGACGCACUACGUCGCAGGUAUCGUGUGUGCUCUGAUUUGGCUCUUUAUGGGUGUUGCAUGCAGUCCACUGUUGUUCACGAAGAAAAAGAAUCAAAGCCAAGGCCAUUUUCGAUGUUUAGAGCUGGCGGAGGACAACGUGGACCAGUUGCUCCUCAUCAAUAACGUUACGUUUCCGGUGGGCUUUGUGUUCCCUUUGGUGAUUGUUCUUUUCUGCUCGGUCUUGGUUGCGAAGAACCUUCUGAGGCCUAGUCCUGCACUCGGUAGAACCAGACCUUGCAGGAAGAAGGCUUGUGCUCUGGUCAUCAUCAGCCUUGGGAUCUUUCUGGUGUGCUUUAUGCCGUAUCACAUAGUGCGGACAAUCUUCUUAACAACUGAGAAGCAUGUCCAGAUGCAUGGAUACAAAGACUCGUGUGACUAUAUUUUGGUAGUCCGUAAGGCUGCUGUCAUAGCGCAUUGCUUGUGCACAGCUAACAGUUGUCUGGACCCUCUUCUCUUCUUCUUCGUUGGGGAAAAUUCCCGAACAUUCUUUGCUAAAUGGACAGGAGGAAGAAAAACCAGCACUUGUGCUUCAGGGAGGAAUCUACAGCAGGAAGAGUUACGGGUUUUGCAGAACUGAAUGGAAAAUGGUUGAACAGAUCAGAUCAACAAAGAACAGACCAGAGGUACAAACAAAGAACAUACAAGAAGUACCGCAUUCUUCUGUGUACUUCAUAAAUAGAUGCACAAAAAGGUCACGUUUUAAUGAUCGACCUUUAGAGAUAUUCUGGGUUCAUUACGAUAAACUCAACAAAAUUUUGAUUCCUGCAAAUUAAUUUAGACUGAUUCCUAUUUUUUUUUUUAAU